GAAGCGGCGCAGCCGUUGCCCCGGCCGUGGCGACGGCCAUGGCGGUUGCGGGCAAGAGUUCGGCGGGUGCCAUCUUGGGACCUGGCGAGGAGUGGGGGGGGAAGGCGGGCAGCGCCAUCUUGAGUGCUGGCAGGGCGCUGCUGAGGGGAGCGCGGCCGCCAUGGCCGCCCCUCGCCGGGGCAGUGGUGCCACCUCCGGCCCUACCGUGGUCAGGACAGUCUUUCCUGACGCAAACGUCGCUUCCUGCCUAUUCCCGUUGUCUCCCAACGGCUCCACCACGGCUGUUGGAAGUGAGUAGAAAGUCCUGUUCCGAUUCUGCCAGGAUGGCACCCAAAAAGAAAACCAAGAAGCCCAAGGUGGAUAAAGAGGAUGCAUCCAUCACCCCGGUGAUGGUGGAAGAUGCUUUGCUAGAUGUCGAACACCUCAAUCACUUGAAUGGUUUGUACGAUAGCGGCUCCAACGGCUUCCACUGCACGGCCACGGAGGUUGAAGCGUCCGACCAUGGAGCCAGCCUUCUGGAGGGGAUGAACCAGAUGCGCCAGAAGCGGUUCCUCUGCGAUCUCACCAUUGCCACCAAAACAAAGUCCUUCGACGUGCAUAAACUCGUCCUGGCUUCCUGCAGCGAGUACUUCCACCGCCUGCUGCAGAGAGACCCUCAGCUGCACCGGGUGGAGCUCCACGACGUCUCCCCACUGGGCCUGACCACCGUCAUCACCUACGCCUACACGGGGAAGCUGAGCCUCUCACUGUACACCAUCGGCAGCACCAUCGCCGCGGCCACUCAGCUGCAGGUGCCAGCACUGCUGAACAUGUGCGGUGACUUCCUCGUUCGGGAGAUGGCUGUGGAGAACUGCGUGUACAUUGCCAACAUCUCAGCCACCUACGGCCUCAACCAGGUGAAAGAUGCCACGCGGAAAUUCAUCCGGGAAAACUUCCUGGAGUUCUCCAAGACUGACCAGUUCAUGAAACUCCCCUUCGAUCAGAUCAAUGAGCUGCUGAUGGAUGAUGGCCUGCAGAUACCCAGUGAGGUUGCAGCCUUCCAGAUCGCUGUCAAGUGGCUGGAGUUUGACCCAAAACGGGUCCGAUAUGCUGCUGACCUCCUGAGCAACAUUCGAUUCGGCACAAUCUCAGCUCCAGACUUGGUCAACCAUGUGCAACCUGUGCCACGCAUGAUGCAAGACCCACAGUGCCACAAGCUCCUCGUGGAUGCUAUGAAUUACCACCUGCUCCCCCACCAGCAAAACAGCCUUCAGUCACGGAGAACCAGGAUUCGGGGAGGCCAGAGGGUGCUCGUCACAGUUGGGGGUCGUCCAGCUUUGACCGAGAAGGCUCUUAGCAGGGAGAUCAGCUACAGGGACGCAGAGGGAAACUGGAACAAGCUGACGGAGAUGCCAGCAAAAAGUUUUAACCAGUGUGUGGUGGUGAUGGAUGGAUUCAUCUACAUCGCGGGUGGUGAAGACCAAAAUGAUGCCAGGAACCAGGCCAAGCAUGCCGUCAGCAGCCUGAGCAGGUACGAUCCACGCUUCAACACCUGGCUGCACCUGGCCAGCAUGCAGCACAGGAGGACGCACUUCAGCCUGAGUGCCUGCAAUGGGCUCCUCUACGCUGUUGGAGGGCGCAACGCUGAGGGCGCGUUGGCAUCUGUCGAGUGCUACGUCCCCACCACCAACAGCUGGCAGAGCAAGGCAAGCCUGGAGACGCACCGCUGCUGCCAUGCCACCACCGUCAUUGAUGGCAAGCUCCUGGUCACAGGCGGCUACAUCAGCCAUGCCUAUUCCCGCACCGUGUGCUGCUACGAGCCCAGCACCGACACCUGGAGGGAGCAGGCAAGGCUCAGCACCCCCCGGGGCUGGCACUGCGCAGCCACUGUGGCCGACCGAGUAUAUGUGCUGGGUGGGAGCCAGCUGGGUCCCCAGGGUGAGCGGGUGGACGUGAUGCCCGUGGAGUGCUACAGCCCACUCACAGCGCAGUGGAGUUACGUGGCACCCCUGCCCACGGGGGUCAGCACGGCCGGGGUGGCUCUGCUGGAGGGGCGCUUGUGCCUGGUGGGUGGCUGGAACGAGACCGGGAAGAAGUAUCAGAAAUGCGUGCAGUGCUACAACCCUGACCUCAACGAGUGGACCGAGGAUGAGGACCUCCCCGAGGCCACCGUGGGUGUCUCAUGCUGCACCAUCAUCCUACCACGCUCCCCGAGCUCCAGGUCCCGGGCUAGCUCUGUGGCCUCAGCAGCAGCCAGCACGUAAAGAGCCCUGAAUGCCAUGUGGCUUAUGCCAGCAGCUAGGGAAGGAGACAGAGCUCAGGAGUGUGGGGUAGCUGGAUGGGGAGGCACGCUGAUGUUUGGAGUCACUGCAAAGUCUCAUACAUUCUUGUUCCAUCAUGGCAAGUUUUGGGUUCCAGGAAAGUAUCUUCUGAGCUGCCUGCAUCUCCAUCCCACAGCUUAAGCAGGGAGUGCUCAAGCGGGGCAGACACGGAAGCAAGCAGGACAGAACAGCUUUUCUCCUCAGCCUGCAGCACUGUAUCGCAGCGUGGAUUGGAAAAAAAAAGGAAAAAAAAGAAGAAAAACAAACUAGAAUAAUGCAGGAGAAAUUAUACUGUAGGAAUAGUAUCACGAGACACUUUCAAAACAACAGCAGUAUUGAUAUUAGGUACAAGAAAGUGACAGAUCUAGAACAGACCCUGUUGCUCAUGUAGCAUUUGUUCAAUGGAAGGACACUUAAUAUUUACUCAUUGAAGCUAGAUGCCUUCAGACCAGGAAUAAAGUGAAUCUUGAUAGCAAGGAAGAGAACUAUUGGAGCAACUCACUAAGAUCUGUUGCUCUUCCAAGUGCUGUGCUCUGGCUCAAGCAGAGGGAAUCAGGGAAGUGCCUGAGGAUGCUAUGAAACUCCAGAUUUGAGAGGCAAAUGGUGCCCUGAAAAUAAGUAUCAGCUGGAGCAGAAUCCCUUCACAUCUAAACCAGGAGCUCUCGCAGAUGUAUUCCUAGUCAGGUCCUGUUACUUGUACCAUCAAGCUGACAGCUUGAUUUUGAACUCAAACAGUGCUUCCCCAUAGCUGGAAAAGCAGAGUCUGACCUGUAAAAGAAGUGAUUAGGAAACUUGAGUUUCCAGGGGCAAGCAGUUGCUCAGUGCCUGGGGACCCUCCCUGUCACUGCAUCUGAAACAGUUACCAGUCUUCAUUAAAACCCUGGCUGCCCUUUCAGAGUGCACAGGGGCUGCAGACCCUGCCUUACAGCGCUGCAGAGCAGACUCAGGCUCUUGGGCUGAGUACACCAGGACAAACCACACCACAGGACUCCGAACCCUGCCCCGGCAUGUCUGAGAUACAGUCCCAGAGCAGUGAUAACCUGUGAAGAGCAGGAGGCAAGAGAGUGGUGGUUAUUUCCUGGUCUCAAACCCACAGUCAUGACAAGACAUCGCACAACAGUCACAUGCUAAGGCCAGCAUCUUCUGGUAACAGGUCCUGUUACUGGAGCACAUUUACACGUGAUCCUAGACAGGCUCGUCACCUUUGUCUCAGGCCAAGACAACUACACGCUGCCGAGCAUCCAGGCAAACGCUCCUGGUUUUGUUCUGGUCUUUUUUGCACAACAUAGUGAAAUUGCAUCCAGGAAGCUCCUGAGCCCCUCAAGGGAACCUCAACAUGCCAUGAAGAUGCAAAGACAAGAGCUUCAGCAAAGCAGGCUGGUUUGCACUUCCUUUCGUAACUCGCCAAAACUGAGCAGCUUGUAGAAGUUACAGUUCACAUAAAGGUCUUGAUCUUUCUCUUGAGAAUUCUCUUUCUCAAUUAAGAGUUCACAUUGAGAAUAAAGCUAUACAGAGGCAGAACAUAAUUCCUGUUCAAAUUCUACUCUCCUCUGUGCAUUUUAGCAUGCACAGCACACGCUGCCCUGUGCAUUUUGGAGUGGGUUCCAUCCUGAACAGCACUGGCAACCUCCCCUGGUUUACAACUCCAAACAGGCUUGACAAGGGAACAGUCUAGUCGUUGAGACAACACUGCAUGAUCACUGGUGCCAAUAUGUGCAGAUUUGGAUGGAAGCGAGUUUGUUCCUUCAUUUUUUAAAUUAUAUUUUUUUACUGUAAGAUGCAGGAGAGGACUGAACACUGGGCACAGAGGCAAGGGUGUUGCUGAACUCCACUUGUGUGAGCUGUAUUGUCCUGCAGGGAAUUUUCUCUUUGAACAAUAAAGGCCAUUCCUUUGCAGGGGAAAGCUGUCUGGCUGUAUAAUUAAAGCAGUAUAAGUUCACACUCCUGAAGUAUUUUAACAAACAAGUCAAGAUUCAUCCCCUACAUUCCAAGCACAUCCAGUAAUUGCUUCAGGAUUUCUACAGAACAUUGAGAGCACCGCCAUCUCCAGGGUAGAAACAACUCUACCAGCUGCAGGUACAGGCACUCACACUACCCACAGAAGCAGCACGGAUCAGGGGUUUCUGCUGGCUCAUCUCAGCCCUCUCUUGUGGCACCAGGCUUGAAUCUCUGCUCAGAAGCCUCGCCAGUCCCCUGGCACCACGAGCACCACAGGCCCUGCCCAUCCCCUCAGCCCCUUCCAACCAGUCCUGUCAUGCUUGCUUAGACAACCCUCAGCCACAUCUUGCCUUUAUGGCUCUGCUUUAUUAAGAGGAUGUGUGCACCAUUUCCUUUGGCUUCCCAUUGAACUUGCACUCCCAAUAGUUCCCAGAGCAACCAAGUUUCUUCUGCUAAUUCAGAAUCCCUCAUUCAUUAAAGAGCAGGCUGCCAUUAAGACUGCAGGUCAGUCUGUGGAGGAUCAGAACCGGCACACUGACUUUGUUCCCCUCAGGGAUUUAACCCUCCAGAAAUUCUGCUCUACUACUCCAUUGGUCAAAAAGCAUAUUUAUUUUUUUCCUUCUUUCUACACCCAUCUGCAGACUCUAGUAAAAGCUCUAUAUAUUAUUUGUGCAGUUGGACAGUACAGAAGUGGAGACUGUAUCCAUGUAAAUCCAACACCUGCUCCUCGAGAACAGCAUGUUCUCUUCAAGUGCACAGCAUCAGUCCAUGUCCUUCUGGUGCCUUUCGAGUGUGACUGACCCUUGCUCCCAGCAGCUUCUCGGGUCAGGAGCCCCCACAAAAUUCACAACGGAAGUUAAAGGUUAGAAAACUUUAUUUGCUUUUUUGGUAACAGGAACUGCUUAUUUACCAGGAAGGAUGAUGCCAUCAUACUGUGAGAAAACAAACAAACAAACAAAAAAGAACCAAGUGAGAAAGUACCAUCAGGUAAAGGUACAGGACUGCUGUGCAGAAAACGGUCACCACACUCAUUCCAAGCCAGGCAGACAACACUGACAUGAAAUACCAGUUCUCCUGCAGCUAACUGCCUUUCUACUUUGCUGCUGUGCUGCUAACUUCCAAAUGGGGCUUUGUUGAGGUAAGCAUUAAACUCCACUCAUCAGCCCAGUGAAAGAAGCCCCAUCCUUCACAGGUUGAUCUGACCAGAACUACACUUGUCUCUUUUACAGUCCCAGGAUUUGGCCCUGAAGGUAACUAACCCACAGUAAGCAGAACCAGGCAGGAUGGGG